CUUCUCCUCUGCAGCUCAGAGCUCCGCGGCGGCCAGGAGGAGAAUCAAACCCGGAUCAGGAUUGCAGUGUCUCGGUCGUGUGUAGACCAGCAGCUGGACCGGAACAUGUCGUCCUAGAUAGAUGUGAACAGAUCUGAGACCAGCACAGACCUCCAGUGUGAUGCAGCUGUGUGAUGGGAGAAUCAGCCGAGCAGGAUGGGCAACAAGCAGACAACCUUCACGGAGGAGCAGCUGGAGGCGUAUCAGGACUGCACCUUCUUCACCCGGAAAGAAAUCCUGCGGUUACAUGGCAGGUAUCGUGAGCUGGCUCCUCAUCUAGUUCCUCUGGACUACACCAACAACCCCGACAUCAGAGUCCCUCUGACGCUCAUCGUCACCAUGCCUGAGCUGAAGGAGAACCCUUUCAGAGACAGAAUCGUGGAGACGUUCUCCGAGGACGGACAGGGGAACCUGAGCUUCAAUGACUUUGUCGACAUGUUUUCUGCUCUCUGUGAAACUUCACCCCGUGAGCUCAAGACCAUCUACGCCUUCAAGAUCUACGACUUCAACAGGGACAACUUCAUCUGUAAGCAGGACCUGGAGAAGACGGUGAACAAGCUGACCAAAGGAGAGCUGAGUCCAGAGGAGGUGACUCUGGUCUGUGAUAAAGCCAUCGAGGAGGCCGACCUGGACGGAGACAGCAAACUCUCCUUCUCCGACUUCGAGAACAUGAUCUCCAAGGCUCCGGACUUCCUGAGUAACUUCCACGUUCGAAUAUGAGUCCCAACUGAGAUCCUGCAGAGGACAGACGUCUCACUUUGACGCCGUUUCCUGAUCCUCAGACUCCAUCUCCACCUGAACCUCAGACCCAUGUCGACUUAGUGCCUGUCCUUUCUAUCACCUGUGGAGAGUCUCUUCUCUGACUCAAAGUCUGGUCUGGACUCAGUGAAGCACAGACAGACAGCGGAGACGUUUUGGAGGGAAACUUGUUCGUACAUGAAACUCUUUAAUAAACCUGGAUGUUUGAGGUGACUGAAGGCGGGGCUAAUUUCUACCAGAGAGCUUCUCUGCAGCUGGUCUGAUGUCUCCUCUGGACUCUGAUGUCUCUGCUGAGACUCAUGGAGACGCUGGGAGGACGGCGCUGCAGACGAACCUGAACAGGGCUUUUCUGACUUCAGUGCUUUGCAGAAAGUCCAGAUCCAGGACUGGAUUCUUUUUAACAAGCACACAUUAAAGGGCAAAACAGUGAAGAGCUAUGCAAUCUUUCUUCAUGCCGUGCAUGUUGUAAAUUGCUUCUUGCUGUGUUUCUUUCUACGUCUGGUGAAACGUUCUGGUGCAUAAUGACAAUCAAAGUAACCUGUAGCUGAUGGAAGGGCUCUGUCAUCUCACCUGUAAAGUCUGGCUUUGAUAAACCUGACUCACUCAACACUGAACUUUUCUCUCGAGAGUCAAAUAAAACUUUUUUCUGUUGCUCCAGAA